AUGACCUGGAAAUUUCGAAGACGAAGGUUCCGACUCGUCGGUGCCUUAUGCACGUGCACCCACAUCCUGCUGAGCCUGAGCACCACUUCGACCUCCGCUACUAACGAUUGCAAGCAAGAAGGACGCUGUAGCAGUCCUGGUAUCCUGAUCGACACAACAGACUGUUGGGCAGGGGGACAGUGGGAACCAUGUGCCUGCUCUGUAGGAGAAGCAGUGCUCACGGGGAAUACCCGAAUGCUCCAGGGUGAAACACAACUCGAGUAUACGUGUUGUCUAGGUGGUCUUGUGUACCACAACAUCAUCGGGGAGAGAUGCGGGGCGUAUGGAGGUAAUACCUACUUGUAGUUGUGGAGUGCACCAAGAAUGACUUUGUUGGUUUGAGAAAAUUUUCAUGACUUGCGUUUCUACUUCAUCUGAGACAGCGGAAGUUUCUCAGUAGGACUAACUGGAGGACUUUGCUCCCUAGCUUAGAACUCGUUGAGACUGCGAUAGUAAUAGAAAAAGGCACUCGAAGGGCUGUUCCUGGACUCUCCUCCGCGAAACCAGUCUCCGGCGUUUCUGAGACCACGGGACUGAAAAAGUCUCAUACCCGCCGCGGGCUUCAGGGCUCUUAGACUGCUGAGUCCUGAGGUCCGCCGCGGACCCCAGAAAUCUCAAAGGCCCCUGUGGAGAACCCGUCUCAGGCAUUUUUGGGACUCAAAAAUGCCUCCAUGGGACUCAAAAAUGCCUCAUGUCCGCCGCGGACCUCAGAAAUCUCAACGUGGCCCUCUGUGAGGAACCAGUCUCAGGCGUUUUUGAGUCAUGGGACUCAAAAAUGCCUCAUGUCCGCCGCGGACCUCAGGAUUCUGAGACUGCUCAAAAUCCUGAGGUCCGCGGCGGACCUCAGGGGUUUUCCCUGUCCUCGGACAGACCGAGUCGACCCUACUGGGCCUGUCUGAGGACAGGAAAAACCCCUGAGGUCCGCCGCGGGCCUCAGGAUUCUGAGCAGUCUCAGAGUCCUGAGGUCCGCGGCGGACAUGAGGCUUUUCUGAGUGUUGUGGACUCAAAAAUGCUUGAGACUGGUUCUUCACAAGGGCCUUUGAGAUUCCUGAGAUCCGCCGCGGACCUCAAAGCUGUGAGACUGCUUAUAGCCCUGAGGUUCGCCGCCGCCGCGGGCAUGGGUGUCUGCUACGCCAUUUUCUGUUGGGGCUCUGGGGUGAUGAGUGUUUUUUUAGGAGCUUGAGAUGGAGUUAUUGCGGGUGGUGGAGGCGAGCGCCAACGAUCUGGCAGUUGGGGAGGGCGCUCCUUGGCCGAUUCUUGUGGAAUCUAAUCAAAGGUUGCCCCUCUGAGUUGCUGAGGGGUUAACCUGAUGCCCCCUCUAGAAAUAGCCCAGUCCUAUGCACUGGGAAGCUUCCGCUGAAUUGAGAUGCAUUUCCACUAGUCAUGAAAAUUUUGAGAUACUUUUUUCUUGUUUUAGACUUGUAGAAAUAAUUGCUACUGGAUGACGGCAACAAAAAUCAAUGAUCCUACACAGCCGCCAACGCUUCGCAGCUGGUGUCUCCUCCAUCUCGGUGUAGUCAGCUAUGCUCAUGUCGAUCCCUCGACACCGAUCUUGCUCUUUUAGAUCCGACCUUCACCUGGACAAGCCCGCUUGUCUGUUCGCCACCAGGUCAGGUUCCAGUACGUUGUACUCACGGUUACAAGGAUGUCGAGAGAUGCGGGCAUACGAGUGGGCAACAUUAUGGCUAUAAGUACAACGAAGAAUUUGAUCAAAGGACCACAGGGCUGUUUUUGACAAUAGCCAUCUUAUCUUCACUAUCCGCCUCUAACGAAAAGGCAUCGACCCUCUUCCAGAGGACCUAAAUUUGAACAUCCUUGGAGAGCGGAGCUGGUGUGCGAAUGCUGAAGUGACUUCGUAUUGUCCGGGUGAUAUGGGGUCUACUAAAACACCCAUAGACCAACAGAUCACCAUCGAUCCUGCACUUGUGCGACCCCCCGUUGCCAAUACGACCGCCAAUGCUGCGAACCAGGAUGUGCUUGCUUUAUGGAGGUGAUCAUGGGUAACUACUUUUCGUAGACGACGAAGACGAACAACAACAAUUUGUUUCUUUUUGUAGUUCAGACUGCCGUGUAGUUCAAAAACCGCGCACAAGGAGCUGAUCAGCUUCGGAGCUGUUACGUCGACGUUGAGAUCCCAACGUCUUGUUCAUCCUCCAUUUUCCCUUUCGCCUUUUCAUCCUAUGCUGCGGCUGCCAGCGAGGACGCGGCGGACGUGAUUGUACAGAUUUUGAUCACGGUGGGUGUCAUCGUCUUGAGCAUUAUCGUGUCCGUUGCUCUGAUCUUUGCUCUCUUUUUGCUCUACAAGAUGCGCGCAGCGAGGUUAGAAUUGCGAAGAAAAGAGGCAGAAACGACGGACAGAGUCGCGGUUCCCGUGUGGAAAACCGUCCAGCGAGUACCGGUGAAGAACUAAUGUGAUAAUUUUAGUGUACUUGUGUAGUUAUGUCCAGCGAUUAGCGGUGAAGAGCUAAAGUGAAAGUUAUAGUUUUAGUGUAGUUGUUGUUGUGUAGUUAUACAUAGAUACUCAUGAAGAUGGCUGGGCAGUUGUUGUGGGAGUUGACCUUUGCGUCGGCUGCCAUUUUGUCUCGACGGUGACCACGAAGGGUCAUGUCAGGGGCACUCACAUGAAGACACUGGCUGAUUCAAUACUGACGAUGAUGAUGUUAUAAUCGCAUUCUUUUACCACGCUGAACAGCUGAAAACAUGUGGUCUCAGCCGUUAUUUCCAAGAAAACCUGAACAGACACCGAAUUAGAACCGCAACUGAAACAGGAAAAUAGGAUCAAGAUGUUUCAGGAUCGGGUGCUACUUGAGACGAAUAACAGCCGCUUUCGGAGAACCAUUGACAUCUAAUUGUCUUUAUCUUGUUCUCCAGACACAUGAAGAAUGAAUCAAUCCGAGUCCAAGUCACUCCACUCAAGAGAAGAUACUGAGUUUGCAAAAAUAACUAAACACCAUUGAUGUGUCGAUGCACGUCCACCAAGAGAAAUGUGAUGAACUACAUCAUGAAGCUCUUCUAAGUCUAACAAAAAA